AUACAAGUGGGUGUAUGGGAGUCUGUGCUCAUGUAUGAACAUGCAGAGGUUAAAGGAAAAGUCAGGUGUCUUCCUGUAUUUCUCUCUGCUUUGUUCUUUUAACACAGUUUCUCACUAAACCGGAAACUUGCCAUUUGGUUAGGCUGGCUAGCCACCAAGCUCUGUAAAUCUUUCUGUCUCUGAUUUCCAGCUCUGGAGUUACAAGUAUGCAUUGCCAUGGCCAGCUUUUUACACAGGUGCUAGAGAUUGCAUAGAAGCACACAUUGAUCGAGCUUUCUACACAGUCUCUCUUCUUAAAUUAAAGAUCUAACAGAGGCCAUGGGACUGCACUGGGGAGCAACAUUCCUGGUCUGAGUGGCGAUGUGGCAUCUAGUGAUUUGCAAGUAUAUACAAAUAUUAGAUAUACCUUUAAGGAGUGAUGUUUUCCCUUUCUUGGAGUGAUUUUGUUUCAAAGAUGUGUACUCCAUCAUUCAGCUCUUAAUGAGCAAGAAUUGAGUGCUUUAUUGUCUCAAGUCGAAGAUAUUGUAAAAUACUAUAAGCCACAAGAAAGAAAGAAAGAAAGAAAGAAAGAAAGAAAGAAAGGAAGGAAGGAAGGAAGGAAGGAAGGAAGGAAGAAAGAAAGAAAGAAAGAAAGGAAGAAAGAAAGAAAGAGAAAGAAGAAAGAAAAAAAGAUAAGAAAGAAAAAUUGUACUUACACAACCCAAUGCUUACUUUGAAUUUCCUCACUGGUAUCUAUUUGUUGCUCUUCUGUGCUAUCAUCUGCAUAUUUAAAAUGUUCUAUUUAUUUAAUGCGGUGUGUGUGCAUGUGCGCGUGCACUCACCAUGGUGUGCAUAUAGAGGUAAGAAGAUAACUUGCAGGUGUCGAUUCUCUUCUACCACGUGGGUCCCAGGAGUCAGCUCAGGCCAUCAGCAUCUUUAACAGCUGAGCCACCUCACUUACUCUGAGGCCUUCCAAGUCUGGAAUAAGUCUUCUACUUUUGUACUGGGCUUUCUUAACCUUAACAGAAGGUGUCAACAAAAGCUUCAAGUAGCCCCAGGAACACAAUUUUAAAAGCAGUUAAGUACAACCCGGGUAGUGUAACCUGUAUUACCUCCCUUGCCUUGUUACUUUAUAUCUUCUUUGGCCAUGGAGGAGGCAGUUUCAGACCAGUUACUAAUUUGGGUUCCAGUCACGUAAGAACAUGAAGAGGUAUCUGGAAAAAUGGCUUAGUAAAGUACUUGCCAUACAAGCAUGAAGACCUGAGUGCAGAUCUGAAAACACAUGUAAAACACCAGGAACAGUAGCAUGUCCCCGCAAUCCCAGUGCCAGACCGGCAGAGACAGGAGGGUCCUAAGGCAGUGAUUCUCAACCUAUAGGUCAUGACCCCCCGUAGGGGUCACAUAUUAGGUAUCCUGUAUUUCAGAUGUUUGACAUUACAAUUCAUAACAGUAGCAAGAUUACAGUUAUCACAUAGUAACAAAAUAAUUUUAUGCUUGGAGGUCACCACAAUAUGAGGAACUGUAUUAAAGGGUCACAGCAUUAGGAAGGUUGAAAAGCACUGUGCUAAGACUUGACGUCCAGACACUAGCUGAAUCAACGAGUUCCACUUUCAGUGAGAAGCUCUGUUAUAUCUGCACACUUUCUCAUACACACAUGAACACGUACAUAAGCAAAUAACACAUAUGCACAAGCAUGCAAAGACAACCACGGUGAAUGAGAAACAGCAGCAGCGGCUGGAUUCAAGCAGCCUAUUCUGAUGAUGCCCAGAUGAAGUAGUAGUAACGGAGUAAAGAUGCUCACCUUUCAUGGUGGCUGAGGAAAAAGAGAAAGAGAAUGAGAAAGGGAAAGGGAAAGGACCCCGGGUCAAGAACUCCCUAACACACUCCCUGAGAUCUACACCAUCUAGCUGGCCCUACUCCUAAAAGUUGUCACCACUUCACAGUAAUGCCACCAAAUUAUAAAUCCACUGGUAGAUGAACUCACUGAUUACAUUGACUCUCUCAUGAUCCAAUCUUUAAGCCUUUAAAACAUGAUCCCAUCGAGGGCACUUAACACCCAAACCAUAAAACCCAUCUGUCAUAGUUAUAAUACUCUAAGACUUAGAUCUCAACAUAUGCUUAAAAACUAAAGGAAGGAAAUUGGCGCCCUCUGUAUAAUACCUUGUUUUCCUGUAUUUGUUUCUGUCACAAAAGCUUCAUCAUGAAAAGGAGGAAGCUCAAACUGAAGUGAGUUACAAACUUCUUUCCCAUCACAGGACUGUGGCUUGGCCUUGAGGUGAGGUAAGAUUUGACAGUCCUUCCAGAUGAGACUAUGGACAGCUGCAUGGUCACAUUGCUCUGGGCCUUUCCUCCUUUCUGUUCUCUCCUCCUUCCCCUUCUACCUACCACCCUUUCUCCUGAAUAUUCCAUGUGCCAGGAUACUUUCUACAAUGGUCUAAAAUGUGUAUUAUAUUUCUGUAAAGCCAGAGGACUACUAAUUGUUGGUUCUCUCCUUCUACUAGGUGAGUUCUGAGGAGAAACUCAGGUUGCCAUGGUGGCAGUAAGUGCCUUUACCCACUGAACCAUCUCAUCAGCGCCUUUGCAAGCUUCUGUAGUAGAGGCAUGUGAACUGAUAAGGCAGCCUGGGCUGACAGGUGGUGAUAGUAAUCAACGGAAGCAUCCCACCUCUUCUCUGUCCUGCCAAUGCAUCAGGACCAAAUUGUUUAGGAAGAGAAGGGAAAGGGAUAUUUUCUGUAUUAUUUUUCUCCUGCCCUUUUCUUUUCUUCCCAUUAUCCCAAGCCCUCUCACUAUUGCCACGCCAACACCUGUCUUUCCAAGCACGUAAGGACAGAUUUCGCAUUAGGCAACAGCCAUGAGAUCCUCUAGUCAGAAUAGGAGGGUCUGAAUCCUUGUUAUUAGGUGCAAACUCUGUGAUGAUGGCAAAGUUACUUUCCUUUUCUGAGCCUUAGCUGCAUGCUCUAUGAGUAUAGUUCAAAUUAAAUGUUUAAAUGAGAUGGGGCAUGCAAAAUUUUUAUUACUUAGUCCAUAGAAGCACUAAUUAAUUUUAUUUUUCAUCAUCUCUAUUUUAAGUAAUGGUGGGGGUUGUCGUGGCUUUUUGUUUGUUUGCUUGCUUGUUUGUUUGUUUGUUGAGACAGGGUUUCUCUCUGUAGCCUUGGCUAUCCUGGGCUCACUUUGUAGACCUUUGUAGACUAGGCUGGCCUCAAACUCAUAGAGAUCUAUUUGCCUCUUCUUCCCAGAGUGCUGGGAGUAAAAGUGUACGCCCGGAUCUGUCUUUGAUUCCCCCACCCCCUUGAAUACACUCUUUGGGAAUCUUGUUUUUCACACUUUAGUUUCUACGGACUGAUGUUUGUGCUGUGCCAUAGCUAGGUGGUUAAUUUCUGGGCUCUUUCAAUCUUUCAGUCUCUUCACUCUCUGGCUCAUCUUGACUGAUUUUAUCUUCACUGUGAGCAUAUUUUAAGAAACUACAAAUGGAGCCACUGAGUUGCUAAGUAGGAAGCUGACAGGGAAAACUGUGCUAAGAAGUGGAAUUGCACGGCUUGCUGUGGCCCAGGCUGUGUGCGCAGGAAAGCUGGAGCCCUGACUGGAGGCUCUCUGAGGUAACCUUAGGAUUUACUGUUUUUCUUGGACUCUGAAGAAAGGGAGUCUCUGAGGAAUGACUGUGGUUGAGAUUUACAUUUCCUUAAUGCUCAGUGAUGGUUACUAUCUUUUAGCUUUGGGCCUUUUGCAUAAAUUCUUCACAGAAAUGUGUAUUUCAGUAGAAAGAAUAAUCUUUUGAAUGCAUGACCACAUAAAUUCGUGGGUUCCGCUUCUUCCCUUCUUAGAAUAAUUUUUGAUGGUGGACAAAAGAUGAAAUCAGUAGCAUAGAAUCAUUGUUUUCUGUUGAAGCUGUCUUCAGAGAAGGAGAGCCCAAGUUAUGUAUCAGGGAGGGCAUGAACUGUCACUGAUUACAUGUCACUGUUUACCUCCAUAACAAGAGCUAAGGCUCAGUCACAAGUGAGGUAUGGAAGUGCCCUUUAACGCACUUUUGAUAGCUUUACAUAAAUGGGCAUGUGAUCCCCCAUGAUUGAUUAAUUAGGAGGAUAGAAAAUAAUGGUUUGUGGUGGAGGUGUGUGCUGCCUUCCUUCCCACCCUAGUAUUUCCAGCUACACAUCCCGUCACUCUGUAUGGCUGGUAUCUAUACUCCAAGACAACUUUUCUGUUUACUGUCUGUUACCCCCUGAAGUGUAAACUGCCACUUUGUAUGUACCUAUAAUGCCUGGCAUAUGGAGUCAAGUGUAUUACAGAUUUGAUAAAAAAAAAAAAAAAAAAAAAAAAAAAAACUUUAUCGGUUAAUAGGUAAAAGAGGCAGUGUAACUAUGACCUUCUCUGUGUAUUCAUUAAUUUGUUUUCCAUUCUCUCACUUUUCUGAUGUUUCAUGUCAGCAUGAUGAAGAAGAACAAGAACUCAGUGGAUGAGCAAGAUGCCCUCUUCAUCCCACAGUCUCACAAUCUAGGACAUCUUAAGAAUAUAUUGGAUAGAGGAGAGUAUGCGCCUUUUCUAGCUCCUCCCAUAUUGGAGAGCAAUUUUACUCAGGUCAAUCGGAGAGGUGAAUCUAUUUAUGUGCAUAACCGAGCAAACUGGGUGACCGUAGGCAUCUGUUCUUCCAAUCCCAUAUUCAAGACCCCCAAUGUGAUGCUGCUUGCACAUCUGACUCCAGAAGCUCGAAAAGAACCGGAGCCCCUCUUUAAAAGCCUCCUGGCGUAUCCCCCUACAGAGAAUCUGGUGCUCACCAGGUUUCUCCCUCUGCAGUUUGUGACUCUUUCUGUGCACAGUGCUAAGAACAUGCGCCUCAAAGUAAAGCUGAUAAACGGCCGCGCCUACUAUUUACAGCUCUGUGCUCCUGUGUAUAAACAGGACACCAUAUUUUCUCAGUGGGUGGACCUCAUCUCCCUCCUGAGUCAGGAGAAAUUUAGAACUUCCAGACUCUCAGAGGUCUCAAGCCUCUCAGAACUAACAAACAGCACAGACAUCACAGGCUCGAUGAACAUCAUGGACAUCACCGCUUUCACAGAGCUGCAGACCAUUCACUCGCAGGCGCGCAUAUACUCUGGUACCGUCACGGAAAGUACAGACUUCUCAGAAUUUACUGAUGUCACUGAUAUCACAGAUGUCACUGAUGUUACAGAUAUCCCAGAAAAUGGGGUCACGGAGGUUCCAGAUGUAAAAAUUGUCACAGAAGUCACAGAAGUUAUAGAAGCUGAAGAGUCCACAAAUCUAUCAGGGGUCACAGUAGUCUUUGAAAACGAUGACAUCAAAAAGGCCAAGCAGGAGGAAAAGGAAAAUGUCCUGAAGCAUGGGUGUCUACGAGAUACAAAGAGUAAGAAUGAGUUCAGAGAAUCCCCCAAACAUGUUACCAUCUCAAACCUAACACUGACUUUUCAAGGGGAAAGGUGUUUUCAGACAACUCUGACGCCUAUAAAAAGCGAGGAGAACAUACCCAAUGAAACGCGAGAUAAAACCUCUGAAGAAAAGAUGACUGAUCUUCGAAAUGCACAUCUCAAGGCCACAGAAUCCAGGAGUACAAGAGCAGAUUCAGACACUACAGGCUUGUAUAGUUUUUCAGUUUUCCCCCUGAUUAGCAUUUCGUUCCCUCUUUUCACCCUCCUCUAAAUCAUGUUUUCUCCUUCCACAAACUCUUAACAUUCAUUAUUACUCUACCUCAAGAAGGCAAAGACUACCACCACAUCCUAAACCCUCAUUCUAUUAAAUCCAGUAAAAAAAAAAAAAAAAAAAAAAAAAAAAAGACUAAAGAUGUGUCUGUAAUUCUAAUUUUUAGGUAAAGCCAGAAUAAUAAUGCAGCCCAAAGAAGGAAAAUAGACUCCUGGUGCUGAGCUAGUCUAAUUCUUCCUCUCCCAGUUACUAGGCGGUGCUAGCUGAGGACAGUUAUUUGGUUCAUCUCCACAAUCUCCACAUACCUCUGCAGUGGAAGGAGGUUAUAUUCCUUCUUUCUGAACAAUGUGUUGUGGAAAGUGGCACUUCAAAUGCACUGUGUCUAUAAGCAAGGCCAAAGAGUGACAUGGCAGAUCCCAAGCCAGACCUGUCUUUUUGGACCUGAGUCCAUCUCUCUCCUUUCUUGACUUUUAAUUUCUUACCUUUCAAGGCUUCAUUCUGCUCGGCCUUUCUGUCGUGAUCCCAAAUGGUAGGCUUUUCUACGAUGCCACAGUAUUUUUCCUAGAUGAAAAAGAACUAGACCAAAGACAGAGGUUGGAGAGGAAAAUCAAAGCACUCAGUUUCCUUCCCACCCCACCUGCUUUUUUUUUUCCCCCCAUCUUCCUGUUCAAUACUACAAAUCAAGUUCUAAGCAGCCAGGCUCAUUCCCUGUUUAUGAACCACAGACUGAAAAGAAAAUGGGAGGGGAAACCCCAGAGAGGACCACAUUUGUGAACCAGCAGUGAACUGCCCUGGAAAGGACAUAGACAAGUGGCGAGGUGGUUAGAGCACCGUUUGAAUUUGAGACCCAAAUUAAGUUUUCUCCUUGUGUACCCUUUUCUCUCUUGUCUUUGGCCCUCCUUAUUUCCCACCUCUUCUCUAAUAAUAUCUCUUCCAUUUUCCCUCACUCUUACUCCUCUUCCCCCCUGGCUCUCUCUUCUCAUAUCAAAUUCUCUUCAUUUCCUCAACCUUGAACCUCAUCUGUCUGCCCCUUUCUCAGGGGGACUGCACACAGGACAAGUAAAACAGAAAAAGUCACAUUCAAUGGGAAAACUUGUUGGAUGACCUAAAGGUGAGUUUUCAAUACGGUAAGCCUCUGUAGAUUUAAAUGAUAGACAUUGACACUCUCAGAAAACUGUAGUAAGUUGACUCUCAACAUGAAUAUCAUUAUGUUUACUGUAGUAACAAUGGAGGUGGAGUUGUAAAUAAAGAGGUAGAACUGUGGAGGCCUUUGCUGUGGCUUCUUCUCUAGACUCUUCUCAGGGGCCAGUUGGCAACUCCAACAGGAGGCAGAACAGAGGGGGCUAUUGGUGGCACUGGAAGAGAAUUACAUGCUGCUACGACUACAUGGGAGUUAUUUCUCUCUUUAUACUGUACUGCUGGUCCCGGGGAUUGAACUCUGGUUGUCAGUCUUGCCAGCAAGCUCUUUUAUCCGAGCCAUCAUACCUGUACAUAGAUUUUUUACUUUUUUAUGUUAUGAAGAAAAGCUUCAUCAUAGUUUUGUCAUUUUUAUUUUUAGUAUUAUUUUUAUCUUUAGUGGUUCUUGGGGAUAAAUCCAGGGCCUUAUACAUAAGUGUUCUAUUACUGUUCUACAUGCCAAGGUUUUAAUUUUUUCAUUUUAAUAUUAUGUUUUAGACUUUUUAUGUGUAUGAGUGCUUUGUCUGCACUAUGUACAUGUCUUUGUAGGUUGGGUAAAGGCAUCAAAUUCCCUGGAACUAGAGCAUAGUAUAGCAGAUAGUACUAUGUACUGUAUGGACAGUGGUGAGCCACCAUAAGGGAGCGGGGAACUGAACCCAGGUUUUGUGUAAUAGUAGCAAGUGCUCUUCACAGCUAGGCUAUCUUUCCAUUUCUAAUUUUACCUUUUAACUGCUUGUUUGUAUCAAUUUUUAGUCUUACACUUAAAAGUAAAACCUUUCAGGACACUUUGUAUGUAAGUAUAUAUUUUGUAUUCAGGCCUCUGAAAUAAACUUACUUUUGUGCUUUUUGUCAGAUCAGCACAAACUACUAAACUUAAAACAAAGUCCAACUCAGGAAAAGGGGAUCUGUGCAAGAGGAAAACAGCAAUAUCUUUUAUGCGGCAGAAAUAAAGGCUACUAUUAAUGACUCAGUGCAAAUCCAUGCCAGUCUAGUUUCUAAAUCCUGUUUUACAUGUGGGUUUUUCCUUGUUUGUGAUAUAUAUUUUAAAAGAAGCUAAAGAGCUCUGCAAAAUUAUAAGUAUUU